AUGGCAAAUGGCAGUGAAUAUGUGUGGACACAAGCUGGGAUUUCUCUGCAGUCAAGCCACACUGAGCACCUGGCCAAAGGAGCCCAAGACCACAACUCAGAAGAGCAUGAUGAAGAGAAGCAAGAUCAACAUCAUGGUAUCCAUCAGAACGAUGAGGCGAGGACAAUGGACCCAGCGCCCAGCACCCAGCAAGUGGCACCCGAUGGAGGUUGGGGCUGGGUGGUGCUCAUGGCCAACAUACUUGUGCUGGCCCUGACAGUAAAUUUCCCAGCCUGCCUCAGCAUUUUCUUCAAGGACCUUCAGAAGGAGUUCAAUACCAGCAAUUCAGAGACCUACUGGGUGCCCUCUAUCAUGACAGCAAUGCGACAUGCUGGAGGUCCCCUGUGCAGUGUGUUGGUGGAGCGGUAUGGUUGCCGCGUAACAAUAAUGAUAGGCGGAGCCUUUAGCGGGCUGGGCAUGGUGGUCAGCUCCUUAGUAUAUGAUGUAACAGACCUUUACAUUACUGCCGGCUUUGUCACAGGACUGGGAUUCUGCUUCACUUUCCAACCAACAGUGACAAUGAUUGGCUACUACUUUGUGCGCCGCCGUGCAUUCGCCAACGCUAUGUCAUCCGUGGGUAGCGCCAUUGGGAUGACCAUCCUUCCACUGCUGGGAGACUACUUACUCAACCAACUGGGAUGGAGAGGGAGUUUCCUUGUGCUGGGCGGGAUGCUACUCAACUGCUCUGUGUGUGGAGCUGUGAUGAGGCCUGUUGGGCAGACCCUGGGCAAGCAGAAGGGCUCAGGGCAAUCUCAUCACAGUAACCAUAGUCCUACACAGCUGGAGGCAGCAGGGACGCAAAGGAGAAUGAGGAUCAACUUGAGCAUUAUUGUGGACUUCCUGCGCAGGCAUCUGGCUUUUGACCUGUUCUGCAACAAUCUACGGUACCGGAUGUUCUGUAUUGGUGCUACCUGGAACAUGCUGGGUUUUACGGUGCCUCUGAUGUACCUGGUUCCCUAUGCCACCAGCCAAGGCAUGCCUCCCAGUAAGGCAGCUGCUUUGCUUUCCAUUCUGGGGAUUGUCAGCAUCUUUGCUCGCCCUCUAGCUGGUGUGGUCUUCAGUUUGAACUGGUUCCAGAAACGUUGCAUCUUUCUGUAUGUGUGCACUGGUUCCCUAAUCAUCAACGGACUCAGCAACUGCAUCUGCUGCUUGUCAGCCAGUUUCCCUGUGCUGCUGAUCUACAUACUGACCUCCGGCCUGUCCAUCAGCAUAGUGGGAUGCCUGGUCUUCACCGUGCUGAUGGAAAUUGUGGAGAUGAGCCGAUUCCCUGCCGCCCUUGGCCUGAUCACCAUCAUGCAGAGUGUUAUGGUCUUAUUAGGACCACCUCUUGCAGGGCUGCUUUUGGAUAAAACGGGUCAGUACACCUACAUUUUCUAUGCCUGUGCUGCCUGUGUGUCCUCAUCUGGUCUCUUCAUCAUGGGCUCCUUCUACUGGUUGAACAGACGAGAUGAAGCAGCAAAAGGCCAACACUGUCAGCAUCCCACACGACCCCUUGAUCCCAGUGUUGUGCCUGCAACUGGAUACAUUGCCUAA